ACUUCAUCAGCUGAUCGCCUGCUGCUCUUCAGACUCUUCCAGUGCUUGCUCUGACUGGUAAGCAGCUCGGACAGCAGAAUGAGUACCAAGAAGUCUCCCGAAGAAAUGAAGAGCAUUUUUGAAAAAUAUGCAGCCAAAGAAGGCGAUCCAAACCAGCUAUCAAAGGAGGAGCUGAAGCUACUGAUUCAGUCAGAAUUCCCCAGUCUCCUGAAGGGUGCGGGUACUCUAGACAAUCUGUUUAAAGAGCUGGAUAAGAAUGGAGAUGGAGAAGUCAGUUUCGAAGAAUUUCAAGCACUGAUCAAAAAGAUAUCAGCAUGAAGAAGCCAUUAGGAAGCACCGUCACCAACUAGUCAUCGAAUCCUUCACAAUCAUAAAGAUGGAGCUGUGAGAUCAAUGUCCUGUUAAUAAAGCAAUUUCUGAGACA